AUGGAAAAAGUCUGGUUUAAACUCCGUCAAACCGAUUAUCCCCCAGCCCAAGAGGACGCCAUCCUCAGCGGCGAGGGCGACGAUUCUACUGCCCCUCUCUGUCUAGGCCAUCUCAUCUCCAACCUCAAAACCCUCGACUUCCCUCUCAACCAUGGUUCAAUCCUGCCCUUUCCCCCACGCAUGCGCGUCUUUUGCAACAGCACUCUCAACUUCACAUGGGAUCAUACGAGAUUGAGGUCGCCAGGGACUAAUCUCGCUGCGGGAGCGCCGGUACUGGCAGCUACAGGCGUUACAGCUAAAGCGAGUCUACAGUUUGCGUUUAUGAAGACUGUGGAGAGUCAUGAGGAGUAUGAUCGGUUGGAUACGUAUAUAGUGCAGCCUACGAAGGGGUAUAUCGAGGAUUGUUUGGAGCAAGAUGAGUUAAAAGCCUACAUCAAGGGAAAGGUCUCAUGGUCCAUGUUCAUGAUUACUGGCAUCAAAGUCGCCCGUGCGGGGAAGCGCGAAGCGCAGGAGGAGAUGAACAUGGCCGCAGACAUCGGCCCAGAACUGGACCUUCCGUUGGUUGCUACGAUGAGAGCUACAGCCACCAACCAACGCAUCGCCUCCCAGCGAGUCUCUGGAGAGCACCCUGGGGACUUCAUCUGGGCUAUCCGACUUGCCAAGAUCCACAUAGGCUUGCUGAUGAAGGACUGGUCAGUGGAUCCAUAUACCAAGAGAGCUACGUUUGCAACCGGGGAUGAGAGUGAGCUAAAUGUUGAGGACGUGCUGAGAGAUGAAGGCUUGGAGGGCUUUACGAUUGUCGAGGAUGACAAGCUUGAUGAAGUCGUUAUUUUGAACGGUAGCUCAAGAUAUUGGAUAAAUGUUGAUUCAGAUGUUUGCUCUUAUUCAAGGCGAGAUCUCCCCUAA